AACAAGGGGAAGGUGUAUGUUAGAUCGGAAUAUUUGUUUUGGAAAUGCAAAAGUAACCCCUCUUUAGUUCAACAGGAAUAAAUAGAAGUACUCGUAUAUCUUUCUGGUAAACCUCCGACUUAAAUCUCAACUGAAAAACCAUGGCAACUCAAAAGGAAACAAAACUCGACUUAUUUCUCCAAUGGCUUCAGGUAAAUAGAGUGGAGCUGCGUGGUUGUGAGAUUAAAUAUUGCGAUUCCAAUAAAGGCUUUGGUCUGUUUUCCACCUCCACUGCUUCUGAUGAAGUGUUGCUGGUUGUGCCACUGAAUCUGGCUAUAACUCCAAUGAGAGUUUUGGAUGAUCCUUUGAUGGGACCCAUAUGUAGAGCUAAGCUCAAAGAAGGUGAAGUGGAUGAUAGGUUCUUGAUAAUACUAUUCCUGAUUCUGGAGCGCCUACGUAGUAAAUCUUUGUGGAAACCGUACCUUGAUAUGAUUCCUCGUUCCUUUGGAAGCCCACUUUGGUUCACUGAUAGUGAGUUCCAUGAAUUGAAGGGAACUACUAUUUACCAGGCCACCAUAUUGCAAAAGAAGAGUUUGCAUGAUGUUUUUGAGGAUAAGGUGAAAGAUCUGGUGAAGCAACUCCUAAUUCUUGAUGGAGAACCAGAAAGUGAGGUAGCUUUUGAAGACUUUCUGUGGGCUAAUUCUGUCUUUUGGACUCGUGCUUUGAAUAUUCCUCUUCCUCGAACUUUUGUAUUCCCUGAAGAAUGCGAGAAACCUAACGUUAGCAGCGCUGUUAAUGGGGUCUUGAACUUUGUCGAAGCAGAGACUCUGUGGGUUGAGGGGCUUGUUCCAGGAAUUGAUUUCUGCAACCAUGCUUUAAAGGCUGCAGCAACAUGGGAAGUUGAUAGCACUGGCUCGGCAACUGGAGUCCCCUUUUCUAUGUAUCUUCAGUCUGUGAAUCAGGGUCCUCCAGGAAUUGAGAAAGAGGUAACGAUCAGCUAUGGUAACAAAGGGAAUGAGGAGCUGCUUUAUCUCUAUGGAUUUGUCAUUGAAGACAAUCCGGAUGAUUUUCUGAUGGUGCAUUAUCCAGCAGACGCUGUGCAAAGUGUUCCAUUUUCAGACUCUAAAACUCAACUUCUUCAAGCACAGAAGGCGGAAUUAAGGUGUCUGUUACCGAAACACUUGCUAGAUCGUGGUUUUUUCCCUUCCUUAUCCUCUGGAAGCAAGAAGAUUGACGAACGCGCCUCAAAUAAGAUCCCCAAUUACAGUUGGAGUGGCCAGCGGAAGAUUCCUUCAUAUGUGGAUAAACUUGUUUUUCCAGAGGAGUUUUUGACUUCCUUGCGGACUAUAGCUAUGCAGGAGAAUGAGCUUUUCAAAGUGAAAUCAUUACUUGAAGAGCUUGUAGGGAAUGAAGGAGAGAGGGAACUGUCAGAUGAUGAGGUUCGAGCAGCUGUAUGGGAGGCAUGUGGUGACGCUGGAGCUUUCCAGCUUCUUGUUGAUAUGCUUAAUACAAAGUUGAUAGAUCUCGAAGAGGGCUCUGGCACCGAAGAAUCAGACUCUGAGCUACUUAACAAGACUUACGUUCGAGAUGGCCCUGCUCUCCCCAUUAGUGCGGACAAAGAAGAUUCUAGUGUUGGUGAGGCGAUAAGCAAAAAUAGGUGGGCGAGUAUAGUAUAUCGACGAGGACAAAAGCAACUAGCUCGUUUGUUUCUACGAGAAGCCGAACAAGCUUUGCAAUUAUGCUUGGCAGAGGAGUGCUAGAACUUCUCUAUAUCUAUACUUGUGCAUCCCUUUUCGUCCACUACAUUCCUAAGACUCCAUCCAAUAGCAUAAGCAACAGCAGCAGCAAUGGCACCAUUGGAAAUGGUCAUAAGAGCCGAUAGAGCAUAACUCCCACCCGAGAUCUUUGCCUUAGCAAGGCCCAGAAGAGCCAGGGCCAACACUGACAGGAUGCAUGCUCCCAAGAAUUUGAUUUUGUCAUCAUCGGUGAAAGGAAUGAGGAUGAUAAAGGACAAAAGUGGAGCACAUCCAAACAGUAAGAAAGAAGUGAAGGUGACUAAGCCACUCUUCCAUGGUUUGUCUUCUUUAUCUGGUGGUAAUAACCCCUUUUGUCCCAUCAUUUUCUCUUCUACCAUUAUGUCUUUGUACUUUGAGAAUAUGUCCACCACCUAAUCAUAUAAAACCCAAUACCCAAUUGUUAGAAAACUUUUACCUCAUAUAAUGUAAUUGAACACUUUUUUGUAACUUAUAAGUUCGGGACAUGGUGAUAUGGCCUUAUUUAUAGUCCCUUGGCCCUAAAGAUAUGUUUCAUUGUAAAUUCCACAUUUUUAUUCAUAUGAAUUUAUAAUAAUCAAUUAGAAUCA